CAGGCGACCUUCUGUCCUACCUCGCUUCCAGGCCUGCCUGUGUCAACCCCAGGAUUGCGCUACCCGGAAACAGCUGCCGAGAAGAAGAUUCUGCAGUCUUCUUGCACCAGCGUGGAGUCCUGCGUGCACACCCACUAGGCUUGUUGGCGCAGGCAUCUUCCGGUGGACGCUCAACAACUUUGAGCGACCAGUUCAAUUCACGCCGGAGGACGGAACCGGGUGCGGCUUGCAACUAGACGACUCUACCUGCUAUGUCCUGCCCCUUCAUUGGUCGUAGUAAGAGUAUCCGCAUCAUACACAGUACGGCUGCUUACAGCCCAUCGCAUACCCUCACUCCUAGUCUAGCCAAGCGAAAGAAUAAAUGUCUCAUUCUUUUUCGUCGCGCAGAUGAUCGUCGCUGCCUAGCACGCUCGUUCUCCCCACACAACCGCGAAGCUUAUGCACAGUCACACCGCACUGCAACACCACAACUUCCGGCGCAAACUACCACUCCACUCAACCUGAAGCAUGGUCGUGACGCAACGAGGACGAAGUGUAUGCAGAUACUUAGGCGUCCUCCGCGUACGCCCAGCCCGAGUCCGACGCCUCAUCUCCGUAUUACUACGGCCCGCGCGAGCUUUGUCAACGUCGACGAUGUUCGGCGCUGUGGCUGUGUGCAGUCCAACAAGGCCUUAUUACUGUCCAAUCUGCGGCUCCCUUGGUGGUGUGAUGCUUCGUGGAGAUUGAGAGCUGUAUUUGCCUGUGGUGACAAUGCACUGCACAUCUCGUCUGCGACACGAUUCCUUUGUCGAGGCCUGCCCAUGCCCACGGCUUCUUUCCAGACCCGCUGCAAACGCCAAUCUGCAGCGCACAGAGUGGUGCAUGCUUAGAAGCACCUCCCUAUCCAUAACGCGCCAUGCUCAGCCACAGGACUGAAGUGACCCAGUUCUCGCCAGUCUUUCAUGCCACACGAUCAGCCUCACAUCGGCCUUCAUACCCUUCUCCAUGCUCUUCGCCCUGAUACAUCCAUCUGCAAAUCUUGAACUCUACACGUCAUUCAAAGCUCGUGGGCUCGGGAUCCAUCGCAUCUCCACGAAUACAAGCAAGCCAACCACACAUCCAAGCUGCGCCUUC